AUGAAUGGGUUGACAUCUUCGGAGGCUAAAUUCACAGAGAAGGCUCUUGAAGAGAUCAAGAGUUCUCUGCGUGCUUCAGAAGCGGACAAGCGUCGUAUGAUGGAUCGUAUUGUGAAACUGGAAGACGAAUUACGUGUUCUGAGAGUGACCAAUGGUUUGGAAUCGAACGAGAACAAAAUAUCGAACGGUAACAUUGAAGACGCCGAGACCGAAAGGUUGCGCACGGAACUCGCUGACAUGCGCAAAGCGAAACUGAAUGCUGAGGAACAUUCUGUUAAACUCGAACGUCUUGUAACACAGCUACGUUCGAAAUUCAACGGUCUCCAACUGACGAAUGGCCCUGACUCGCUGCCGAGCGAUGCCGAACACGAAACGAGCAUGCGCGCGCGUCGCACUAGCGUCAACUCGGCGAACAACUCAACUGUUGUGUUCGGCCCGGUGACUGAUUUGUAG